CUCCCCCCUCCCUUUGCCCUUCCCCGGGGGGGGGGGCGGGUUCGCUCCUGAUGACGUCACCCCCACCCCCCUCCCUGAUCGGCGCGUGCGUGGCUCGUCCCCCGCCCCCCCCAGACCCCCCCGGCGCGCGGAGGAUGCGGGGCCGCAGCUAAGGUGGGGGCAAGGAGGAUGGAGGCACCCCUGGUAAGCCUGGAGGAGGAGUUCGAGGAGGGGCCUGGGGAUGAUGGGGGGACCCCCCGGCGCACUGCGGACCCAGCGCUGGCCGAGCUGGAGAGCUUCUCAGCUGAGAUGAUGAGCUUCAAGUCGAUGGAGGACCUGGUGCAGGAGUUCGACGAGAAGCUCACCGUCUGCUUCCGCAACUACGACGCCGCCACCGAGGGCCUGGCCCCUGUGCGGGGCCGCCUGCAGGCACAGGAGGAGGAGGAGCGCCUCCAGGACGAGGAGGUCUGGGACGCCCUCACUGAUGGCUUCGCCCCCCGGGACUCCCCCCGACCCUGGCUGCAGCCGGAAGCUGAGGUCCCCGAUGGCACCGACCCCCAGCUUUGUGAGAAGGAAGAGGAGGAGGAGCUUGCUGAGAGGAGCGAGCAUGACUCAGGCAUCAAUGAGGAGCCACUGCUGACGGCUGAGCAGGUCAUCGAGGAGCUGGAGGAGCUGAUGCAGAGUUCGCCUGACCCUGAGGCUGACCCUGAUGGUGAUGAAGAUGAGGAGGAGGAGGACGAGGAGGAGGAGGAGGAAGCUGAGGCUGAUGCAGAGGGUGAUAGUGGCGGUGGGGGCAUGGAGCCCAUCCUCCUGCGUGAGCUGCACGCUUUCUCCCCCACCUUCAACAACAACUGCUCCCAUGAAGGGCUGGAGCAGCUCUCAGCUGGGGAGCUGGUGGCAGCGGCAGGGCGGGCAGAGGCAGCGAGCCGGGCGCUGUCGGCGGAGCUGGUGGCACAGCUGGCGCGGCGGGACGAGCUGGCCUUCGAGAAGGAGGUGAAGACGGCGUUCAUCGGGGCGCUGCUGGCGGUGCAGGGGGAGCAGCGGGAGCAGCGGGAGGCUGCUCGGCGCCGCCGCCGUGACCGGGGGCUGAGCCUGCAGGGGGGGCGCCCCGAACGCGGGGGACACAUGCCCAGGAAGCGCUUCAGCAUGGAGGGCAUCUCCAGCAUCCUGCACUCCGGCCUGCGCCAGACCUUUGGCCCUGCCACCAACGAGAAGCAGUACCUGAACACAGUGAUUCCUUAUGAGAAGAAGGGAUCGCCCCCCUCCGUUGAGGACCUGCAGAUGCUCACCAACAUCCUGUUUGCUAUGAAGGAGGGGAAUGAGAAGGUGCCCACACUGCUGACGGAUUACAUCCUCAAAGUGCUCUGCCCAACCUGAUGUGGCGCUGCCCUUGAGCUCCCCCCACCCUGGCGCCCCCCAAAAUGGGGCCAAACAGAAGGAAAACAGGUCGCCUGCGGCCCCCCUGCCCACACUUCCCCCCCCCCACCUUUGCACAGCUGG